UUACACAACUGUCUACACGAGUGUAUAUAAUUAAAUGUUUUUUUUUUUAUAGAACAAUACCUCAAAAAUUAUAAGAAAUUCAAUGCAGUACAUUAAUUGAAUUGCUGCCAUGUUUAUUUUAAAACUAUGUUUGGAGAAAUAAAUUAAUAGGCUAACAAAUUUUCUGGCACCUGUUCCUUUCUCCAGGAAACUUAAAAAUAGACAGCUGGACAAUUCUGGGCCACUUGGCUAGCAUGUUUUUUUCUUAUCACACUGACCACAGAAAAUGUCUGACCAACAAUUUGUUUUAAGAUGGCAUUACCACGAAACAACUCUAGUGCACAAUUUGCCGUGUUUACUCGAAAGUGAUAUUUUAACGGAUGUUACUUUAUCGGUGGGCACCCAACAUGUGAAGGCACAUAAAAUCAUACUUGCUAUGUGUAGUGUUUAUUUUCUUCAAUUGUUUCAGGAGAUGAAGACUACGCACCCUGUCGUAGUUCUACACAAUGUGAGUAUCGAUGAUAUUAGAGCCAUCUUAUCAUUUGUAUAUAGGGGUCAGUGUGUAGUUUCACAAGAACAACUGCCAAGUUUACUGUCUGUAGCGAAAUUACUUAAGAUCCAAGGGUUAUGUGAUAUGAAGGUACCUGAAAAACAAGUACAAAACGAAGUGAUGACAAACGAAACAGAUUAUAUACAUGAAAAAAUAUCGAACGAAGAAAGAUUUGAUAAUUUUAACUACAAUGUAAGACUUAAAGAACCAAAACAAACUGAAAGUAUUGAGUUAAAAAGACAAAGCAACGAUAGAGUUCCUAUUCAAGAUUUAUGUAGUGAGAGUAGGAUUUAUUCUCAAAGUACACAUUUCCAUGAAAAGACUGUGCCAGUGGCAAAGCAGCAUGAUCCCUUUAAAUACGAUGAUCAAUCUUAUGUUCCAUCUCCUCGUAAAAAUCCUCCAAAAGACUCAUCGGAGACAUGCAAAUGUUUUCUUUGCGGGAAAUACCUCAGCAACCAGUACAACUUACGAGUUCACAUGGAAACUCAUGAGGAGGCCUACCACGCUUGCCAGUCUUGUCCACACGUGUCUCGAAGUAGAGAUGCAUUACGAAAACAUGUAUCUUAUCGACAUCCAGAAGAGUAUCACACUCGAAAACGAAAAAAGACAGACAGUUUAUGAUUAUAGCGAAAUUUUUAAAAUAAACGGUUUUAGACCAUUUUUGUUUUUUUUUUUAAAUAAAAAACUACGUUUUUGGGA